GACCCCAGGCCGCUGGAGGCCGCGGGGCCGGACUGUUGCCGGAGUCCCCGCCAUGGCCCAACCUGCCCGCGGGUCUGCACGCCCGCUGCUCGCCGCCCUGCUGGCGCCGGUGCUGGUGGCGCUGCUGGCGGCGCCGGCGCGGGGCCGGGGCGGCCGGGGCCACGGGGAUUGGGACACCGACGCGCUGUUGCCGCCGCUGCCGCCCCGCGAGGACGCGGCGCGCGUGGCCCGCUUCGUGACGCACUUCUCCGACUGGGGCGCGCUGGCCACCCUCUCCACGCAGGAGCGGGUGCGCGGCCUGCCCUUCGCCGACGUCCUGUCGCUCAGCGACGGGCUCCCGGGCAAGGGCAGCGGCGUGCCCUACUUCUACCUGAGCCCCCUGCAGCAGUUGGCGGGCGACCUGAAGGAGAAUCCUGAUGCCACGCUGACCAUGUCUUUGGCUCAGACCGACUUCUGCAGGAAGCACGGCUAUGACCCCCAGAGUCCCCUCUGUGCGCACGUCAUCCUGGCCGGGACCGUCACCAAGGUGAACGAGACGGAGAGGGACGUGGCGAAGCAGGCGCUGUUCACCCGGCACCCGGAGAUGGCAUCCUGGCCCUCCAGCCACGACUGGUUCUUCGCCAAGCUGAACAUAACCAACAUCUGGGUCCUGGACUACUUCGGCGGGCCCAAGACCGUGACGCCCGAGGAGUAUUACAACGUCACCGUCCAGUGAAGCAGAAUGGGGCGUCUGUGAUCUCGAGGGUGACGUUUGUAGGGAGUUUCUAACAGAUUUGGAGGGCGCCGGGGUUCUCGGUGGACCGAGGCCCGGAAGAUCCGCCUGUUCGUUUUCCCCCUGGGGGCCGGAGGGCCCGCCUGUUUACAGAAUCAAGUUGGCCUGCUGCUGGAUUUCCUGGAAGAUGAGCUUGCUGACCUUUACACAUGUGAACGUGUAGUUUCAGUACCUACACAUAUGGUUUCACGAGAUAAGAUCGCUCGUAGAGAGGCGUGUCCGGGACCCAGCCCCUGAGCCCUUUGGUGGCUCAGGGACAGGACUCGAUAUGCACCGGCGUGUUUGCAAAUGACAAAGAAAUCCAGCAAGUGGCUUCUGGUAAAAAAAAAAAAAAAAUGAGUUGCAUUACACUUGGCAAAAUAGGUUUGUUCAAAGCUCCAGGGAUUAAAAGCACUGUUUCAAUGG